AAAACACCAUUUUUACUUAUUGGAAAUUGAACCUUACAGAAAGAUCUGACAGUCUGACGUCCCUUUCUUUAAACCCACAUAAAGUAAGAAAAUAAUUACUCUCUAAAAAUAUAUCACUAUAAUUCCAAACCAACCUAUAAAGAAAAUGGAAAAAAGAAAAUAAUUGAAUUUUUAAAGCAAGAACACCACCCCACCUCAACCUCUCUAUUAAUACUUGGCUUCCGGCGGAAAUCAAUCUGUGUGUCUCGUUUUGAGGAGAAAGUGAGUGAGAGAGAGAGAGCGCGAGUGGGUGCCGCUGUUCAUGAGAGUAUCUCUGAAGAGGCUGAAACAGAGGAGGCUAAGACCAGUGAAAGAGAGUUUGCUGCUGCUGCUGUUGUUGUUGAAUCAUCAGUAUGUGUAAUCCAAACACCACUUCCAACAUCGCCACCAGAGGUGUGAGCGAGAAACCGUAUUUCGAUUUUUUAUCAUUACCCAACUGUAUAAAGGACUUCCAGAAUUCCAAAACCAACCCGGAAAAGCAGUCGCAAUUCGUUUGCCCAUCCCUCUCCGAGAUCAUCACCGAAGCCAAAUCACUCUUUCACCUCUCCUUCCCCAUAGCUCUAACGGCUCUCAUUCUCUACUCUCGCUCUAUCUUCUCCAUGCUCUUCCUCGGCCAUCUUGGCGACAUCCAACUUGCCGCCGGUUCUCUUGCCAUAGCCUUUGCUAACAUCACCGGAUACUCGGUGCUUUCGGGCCUGGCACUGGGGAUGGAGCCCUUGUGCUCACAAGCCUUUGGAGCUCAACGUCCAAAGCUACUCUCUUUGACCCUUCAUCGCUCUGUGAUUUUUCUUCUCUUCUCAUCAGUACCCAUCUCACUCCUCUGGCUCAACAUGUCCAAAAUUCUUCUUUAUUUGCAUCAGGACCCCGAUAUCACACGUAUCGCUCACACGUACCUUGUCUUCUCUCUCCCUGACCUCUUCACCAACUCCUUUAUCCACCCAAUCCGCAUUUACCUUCGCGCACAGGGCAUCACCCACCCUCUCACAAUAGCAUCACUUCUUGGUACCAUCCUCCACUUACCCAUCAACCUCAUCCUCGUCUCCCACCUUCGACUCGGCGUAGCCGGCGUCGCCGCCGCCUCCUCUGCCUCCAACUUCUUCGUACUGAUCUUCCUCGUGUCCUACGUGUGGGCCCGCGGGAUACACGAGCCAACGUGGACCGCGCCGAGCAUCGACUGCCUGACCGGGUGGAAGCCGCUGCUCCGGCUGGCGGCCCCCAGCUGCGUGUCGGUGUGUUUGGAGUGGUGGUGGUACGAGAUCAUGAUCGUACUGUGUGGGCUUCUAGUGAACCCCAAGGCAACGGUUGCAUCAAUGGGUGUUCUGAUACAAACGACGUCGUUGAUUUACGUGUUCCCAUCGUCACUCGGGUUCGCCGUGUCGAGUCGGGUGGGGAACGAACUCGGUGCGAAUCGUCCAGACAAGGCAAGGGUAUCAGCAAUGGUAUCCGUGUUUUUGGCGGGUGUGAUGGGGUUUUCAGCAACCAUGUUUGCAUCAGGGAUGAGAGAUAGGUGGGGCCGGAUGUUCACGUCUGACGUCGAGAUCCUACGGUUGACAUCAGCGGCCCUGCCAAUCCUAGGGCUCUGCGAGCUCGGAAACUGUCCACAGACGGUGGGAUGUGGGGUCCUCAGAGGAAGCGCACGGCCCAGCACGGCGGCCAACGUCAACCUCGGCGCAUUUUAUCUGGUGGGCAUGCCGGUGGCAGUUGGGCUUGGGUUUUGGCUGGGCGUUGGGUUUUGUGGACUUUGGGUGGGCUUGCUUGCGGCCCAGGUCUGCUGCGCUGGGAUGAUGUUGUAUGUGGUUGGGACCACUGAUUGGAACUACCAAGCCAUGAGGGCUAAGACGCUAACCUGCGCAGGGUGCGGAGACACAGUAUCACCACUCCCUACUGCUGAUACCAAGGAUGAAGAACAGCCCUUGAUCUGCAUAGUGGUCACUUCAUCAUCUUGAGAGUUGAGACCACCAAAACAUAGGCACCCAGGUGUAAUUUUAUUUUUUUUCUUUUUUCUUUUUUCUUUUUUGGUUUCAUUUUAAUUUUAAAAUCUGAACUUGUGAUUGUGAAUUAUUGAUUUUUUGGUUGGGAGA